UCCCCCGUCGGAUAAAUCACAGUGGAGCAAAUAGGCGAGAUUAACCCAAAUAGCCUUCGUUGGUCGGGCAAAACGCUCCGUGUCCGUCGUGUGUAAUAUGCGUUAAGGCGUAAAAAGGAGACGCCAUGGACUUCUACAUCAACCUGAAGGUGAAUUUCAGAGGAAAUUCCAAGAAUUUCCUCCUGUCGGGAUCCGAAACUAAGAGCUGGGAGUCGAUGGAGGCCAUGGUGAAGCGUUCGUUUGGCCUGUGCAGUCUUCAGCUCACCUACUUUGAUGAGGAGAACGAGGAGGUUUCCAUUAACGGCCAAGUGGACUAUGAGGAGGCAUUGAAGAGUGCAGCGAGGCAGGGAAACCGACUCCACAUGAAUGUGUACGAGACUCGGGGCCAGCCGGCGAGAGUCCCCACCACUAAGGCCAGUGGAACAGAGCCCAAGAGGGGCUUCAGACCCCCACAGCACUGCCCUGCUCUGACCCAGGUGGUCAGCCGCAAAGUCCAGGCUGCAGUGCCAGAACAGGGCAUGAUGAUCAUGAAAGAAGUGAAGGGAACCAAAGAAGAAGACAAGACUCCUCCAGCCUGGUUCACCUCUUACAUGGAGAAGUUUAAGGACCAGGUGGUUCGUGAGGCGGUGGAGAAGAUCUGCCGCGAGUUCUCUGGACAGUGCUGCAUUCACAAGCCUCUGGGAGGAGGAGCAGGAGGUGGGGGAGGUAGAGGGGAAGCAGCAGGAGGAGGAGCAGAGGCCCAGCAGGUCCCUGAGGUCUCCUCCUCCACUCUGCCUGGAGCUCCAUCCUCCUCCACUCCUCCCUGCUCCUCCUGCCGGGGGCAGACCACCGGAGGAGGUUACCAGUGCAGUGUGUGUACCUCGUGUACUCUGUGCGAGCCCUGCAGUUUCUCUCAUGAUCCCAGUCACAACCUGGUGAGAGCCAGGACUCCUCUGUCCAUCCCAGAGCACGGAUCACCUGCCCCCGACCACGGCAGGUUCUACAGGCGAGGUGACCGCAGUUUCCGAAAGGCGGAAAAGCAGCGGCUGAAAGCAGAGAAGCGCCUUCUGAAGGCCGAGGUCAAAGAGAUCCGGAAACAGCUGAGAAUGGAGAGGCGGGGCAUACAGUGGAGCUCCUCCCACCGCGAGGGAAGCUCCUCCCCUGUCCUUCUGCAGCCCCGAGCCACCCAGCACAACAGCCCUGAGCGUCCAAAGCGCCCCUGCCCCCUGGUGGUUCCAACCAUGACGGCGACAUUUCUAGACGAGAACCUUCCUGAUGGAACCCGACUGCGUCCCGGGACAAAGUUUAUCAAGUACUGGAAGAUGAGGAACACUGGAACGAUCUGCUGGAGCGCUGAAACUAAGCUCAAGUUCAUGUGGGGAAACCUGGCGGUGGGUUCUGGGGACCGUUGGAGAGAAGUGUCUGUUCCCUUCCUCCAGCCAGGACAGGUUGGUAUAGUGAGUGUAGCGCUGUGUGCUCCAGCCGUGGAGGGCUCCUACACCUCCCACUGGCGUCUGGCCCACGCUGGAGAGCAGUUUGGCCCCAGGGUCUGGUGCAGCAUUGUGGUCGAUCCUCUGGCCCCAGCGCCCGUGAUGGCUGAUGGGAUACUGGUGUCACCCUGUGUCACACCACAGGGUAAGAACCCAGUGGCAAAGGAUGGAAAAGCCUGUGCAGCUCAGGAGCAACCAUUGAUGUCAGUGGACCAUGAAGAAUACUACAUCCCCUCUGUGGACCUGCUCACUGCUCAGGAUCUUCUGUCUUUUGAGCUGUUGGACAUCAACAUCGUCCAGGAGUUGGAGAGUGUCCCGAACAACACGCCCGCUGACAUGACUCCCUGCAUGUCUCCUCUGCCUCAAGACGGCCACCUGCAGGACAAAAGCAGUCCCUCUUUGGGUCUCAUUCAGGAAGAGACUGAAGUCAUCAAUAGCAUCAUGGAUGUCCCUCAUGGGGCAGGAUCUGGAGCAGAGGGGGCCGGGGUCCCGGCUCAGGAGGAAGGGGAGGAUGACAUCAGCGGGACUCAGUUUGUUUGUGAGACUGUGAUUCGCUCAAUGACCCUGGAGGAGGCGCCUGACCACGCCCCUCUGAGAGGGUCCCGCCAGGGGACAGGUAAAGUGGUGCGUCCGGCCGCUCAGGGCGGCUCCUCCUCCUCCUGUGUGAAGAGGAAAACAGUGAAAACAGAGGAGAGCCCAGACAGCAGCCCCAGCACCUGCAGAAACUCCCUGAUCCCACCGGCUACGCUGAAGGCUGCCCUCCCUCCUCCGCUGAAAGCCUCACUGCCGGCUCCCCUGUGUGUGGCCCCGACCCAGGGACCCGGCCCCAGCUCAGCACCCACCAUGCUCCUCGCUCCUCCCAGGUCCACACUGCAGGAGCACACAGCCACAGCUGAAGGUGAGGAGGCCCACAUGGAGAACAUCUGUAUGGAGUCCAGGGGGAAGGAGGUAGAGAAGGGGCCUGAGGGGGAGAAGGACAAAGGGGGAGAGGAGAAGAGAGAUGGGACGAGGAGUCGCUCCUCUUCCACCUCCUCAGAGGAUUACAUCAUCAUCCUUCCUGACUGCUUUGACACCAGCCGGCCACUAGGGGAUUCCAUGUACAGCUCUGCUUUGUCCCAGCCUGGUGACAUCCCAGCUAAGACAGACCCAGAAACUCCUUCGCCCGACCACCCGGGCAGUUCCAUCCCAGAGGGGGAGCUGGGUGAGGCAGAUGAAGCCACGGCGGCUCCAGGAACGGGAGUAUCGGGCGCCAGCAGCGCCAACGACAUGCUUUGUACGUCUCAGACGCUGGACGAUGAGCCGCUGACACCUGAAGUGGUGGCACCUCCUCAUGGCAUCGUCACACCAAGUCCGGGGAGCAGUGGAAAAACAGAUGUUGACCCUGCUGCUGCCGGGGAGGGAGCAGAUGGCUCUGAACUGUACCAAACUGAUGACGCAUCUGAUACUGAACAAUCUCAGACAGUUGAUACUGAAGCUACUGAAGACACAGAAGAGGACAACCCUGAGGACCCCAGGCACCCAGGCAUCACCAGCGGCCUGGUGAAAGGAGCUCUGUCAGUAGCUGCUUCUGCCUACAAAGCUCUGUUCACUGGACAAGGCCCCACACAGCCUCCUGUGGAUGCGUCCACCCAGGACACCAUGAUGGCCGUGCUGGUGGAAAUGGGUUUCGGGGACCGGCCACUGAACCAACGGCUGCUGAAGAAAUACAACUACAACCUGCUGGACGUGGUCAACGAGCUCGUUCAGAUGACUGACAAUGACUGGUACUCUACACGCUACUGACUAAAGAGAGAGAGGAAGAAGAGAGAAGGAGAUGAAACAUGAAACGAUGGAUGAAGAGAGAAGAGGAGGAAAGACUGGAAGAUAAAUUAUUUUCUGCUCAUCUACCUUUUUGCCUUCCUCUUUCUACCCAUCUCUCCUCUGAUUGAUUCAGUUGAAGGGAGAUCAAUCUUCUCUAUGACCAUAUAAGGAGACAUUCCAGGAAACUCUCUGGGAUAUUGUACUAGAGUAUCAAACACUGUCUAUUACUUUCAGUUUAGGUCUUGAUAGUGGCAGAGAAGCUGCUUUGCAGUGGAAUUUAAGAGGGAUGAAGAGACGUGUUCUUAAAGUCUCAAAGGAGCUAUGUGUAGCAUUUAGCAUUUCCCAAAAUUAAGAUCACAUAUCCCUUGAGCCCCACUGCAGCCUGCAAAGAGGGCAUUGCUCCAUUUGUUUUGAAAAGCAAGCAGAACUCCAAAGGUCGAUCAAAGCCGACAGUAACAAAAUAUGUAUUUUAAUGUGACACAGUAUGCUAACAGGAAACUUCCUACUGUGUUCCCUUCGAAUACUAAACAGUUCCACUUCCACGCUAUAAAGUAAUGUAGCAGAUUUUACAGUUAAUAUAAGAUGCAGUUUAGCGGACGUAAAUAUUCCCACAUCGUGGUUAUUUGUUAGCGUUGAAAUGCUACACAUAGCACAUUCCUGCUUUGCCCUUUUACCUGGGACACUGAUGAAGUACAAAGCAGUGAGAAAAUAUCAAGGUUACACAUCUGCACUGAGAACCAGAGUGGGGAGAUCCACAUCACAGGUCACUUUGGUACCACUUAGUCAGAGCUUGUGUUCACAUGAUUGAAUAUCCACAUUGAAAUCAUGGUGUGCUUUUACCAUACACCAAACAGCUCGGAGCAAUGAUAUACUUCCUUUAACAGCAUGUUGGUGUGAGUAUGGUGGCUCGAAGUACAUUCUUAGCUAAGCUAAGAGAAUCCAUGAUCUUAACAUUAUAGUAAAGUGUUGGAGCGUUAUCAUGUUACGUUAUGUUUCAUUUAGCAAAAUCCAAAAUUCCCAAUAAAGAUAUUCCAGUGAUGGUCAGGGAUGAUUUGGACCUAAUCUGCAGCAGAGUUCAGGUAACAAAUAACCAGGCUCCGGGCAGCAGAACUCUAGGCCCACUGUACUUCACAUAGAGUUUGGGCCAUUUCAUACUUAAAGCUUUGGACUCGGGUUGGGUUCUGUUAUUUUAUAAUGUAAAUUUAAGAAAAUGUUCUUUCUUUCUCUAGCUCUGCCAGGUAACCAAACUCAUGUGUCACACAGUAGAUUGCAAUGCUUUGCAUUAGUCUGGAGAGGGAGGCUUUGAUUCUUGUCUUGGGUCCGGGUCUCAAAUGUGUCAGUACCAGUUGGGUUCAGUUGGGUCUGUACUUAGAGAUGCAUGUACAGGCGAGGUUCAGGUUCAAGCUUUAGGCCUGUGUACUGCUCUGUGUGCCCCCUUGAAGAUAUCGUUUUUAAUCAUCCAGGUUGGGUUAGGGGAGUCAAUAUAAAGAGAUUUCAAACGGGGAGCCAUCUUUUUAAUGUUGUGUUUGGCUGUUCGAUUGUUGCAAAUCAAUGAGCAGGACUGUUUUGUGACAAUAUUUAAUUUUUGUAUGAAGUGACUUGUGAUGAAGGUGAGCAGUAAGAAAAUGACUUAAUUUGUCAGUUAUUUAAAUCACUGGAUUAGCCCAAAGCAGACAUUCCCAUCUGGUAUUUUAUCUUUAAACAAUCUGUCAAUUGAUUUUCCAGAAAUGUUAUUGGAAAUCCACUUACUUACAGAUGUAGAAUUAUAUAUAUCUCUAAUCACUAGUACUGUACUGCGUUGGAGCCACUUGCUUAUACAUUGGUGUUGGUAAAAGCAAGUAUAUCAUGAGCGUCGGUGCAAAGGGAUCAUCUGUGCUCAUUUGGGUUUAAGUAUCUAAGAGUAUGGCUGCUGCAUUAUUAUUAUUUUGAGUUUGUUUUAUAACAUGUCUAUAUCACUGGAGAAUAUAAAGGGUUUACACACCUCUCACUGUACUGUAUGCAUAAUCUACUGAAGAUGAGUAGACAGACAUUCAGUAAAAAAAUUGAAUACUGAGUUUCCCUUUUACACACAUUCCCUGGACAUGUUUGUCAGCCGGCUCCUGUCUCCCUGAACCUCCUGGUCAGACUCGAGGUCUCAGUAUGCUUCAAACUAACCAGUUCGUACCGCAGGCCUCCUGCAGGAAGCGAGAAACAAGCACAUCGUGUUGGUAUUCAAGAUGUGUUCUUCUUUUGUUAGUACACAGUGAUUUCUAGAGAUCACCCAUGUUUACAUACGUUUUAAAUUUGAGGAACAUAAAGAAAACGCAUGAAUAUCAUAUCAACUAUAGAUUAUUAUACGUUUCAGAGUUAUUAUAAUAAUUUGAUAUUUAAAUGUGUGGGUUUAACAAAUACUAUUGGUCUGUUAAUCCAGCCCAAAUGCACCAGACUACAGGUGUGGAAGCAGCCGUAGAUGAUCCUAUGAGCUGUUUGUCUGAAGGGUACUGAGGUCAGAAAUGUUAAAAACAACAUCACACGUGACAGAUUUUUACCAAAAUGGCUGCUUAAAGUGUAUUUAUUUGAGUGAGCCGGGGUGCGUGUAAUGACUUCAGGUAAGAUUCAGCUGUGUGUUCUUCUCAUUGUGCACUUCUGUCUUCUUUUCUGUGCUUCAUCCUAAAUGGUCAGGUGUUGGGGCUGACAUCCUAAAGGACGUGUACAUUAAGAGUAUGUACAGUAACAGUAAGGUCAUUCCAAACUUAAACUGGAAUCAAACCGUGUAACAAUGUGAAAAUGUGUUUGUUUCUUUCCCUUCACAAAUGUAUGAAUAUAUUCAGAACCUCCUAGUUGGAAGCUAUGACGAUCAGUUGACCUAAUUAGUUUAAGUUAAGAUUGUUUAAGGUGCUUUUGCUUCGAAUGCUUGACGACUGUUUGGUGAUGAUGUUGUAUUUUUAGGCUUAUUGUGUGGUGCUUGAAUUUGCUAUGCUGUAUGUGUGUGUUAAUGUUUUCUUUUGUAAAAACAAAAUGUUACCAGGUUGAUUGAAGAUUGUCUUUCUGUUUGCCAAUGAGUGGACUUAAUGGACUUGGGGCUGGAGUUGAAGACAUCAUUUAAUAUAACCGCACUUAGUAGAAUGAUGAUUAAUUUUGUUCAUAUGUAAUGCAUACAGCCGUGGUCCAAAACCUUUAGUACAGAUAUGAUAAUUCAGCAGUUUUUGUUUUUUGGCCGGGCUGCCAAUUCAAAUAAAAAAAUCAGCCUUUAGUGAUCUAUAAACACAAACUCUACAGUGAAGUUAAAACAGAAGACAUUUUAAGAAAUAUGCUCAUUUGCUUUCCUACCAAUUGUUAGAUGAGAAGAAGGGACAAUGAAUUGCCACCACAACGAUGAUACAUGGAGUAUAAAGGGACCACCUAACCCUUAUUAAAAUGUGUGUGUGACAGCUAUUUGAAAAGGAAAUGUGACGGUGAAACAUUAUGGGGUAGGAGGUUUCAGAGGUGUCCCUUGAGUUCAUCUCCUGCUUCAUACACAGUUUCUGGGGGAAACUUUUAUCUGCCAUAGUUGACCUAAACUUCACAUUGUGUAUUCCAGUUUCUUGUUCAUGUUGCAUCAUAUUCACCACAGACCCUUUAACAAUCAUCAAGUGUUCCCCCCUUUGGUAAUUAAUGAAGCCCUGCUGCACGUCUAAUCCAAACUCCUGCGUGGUGAAAUGGAACCUGGCUGAAAUGUGCACUCGAAGGUCAAGAGUUUCACAUUCUGUACUGUAUGUCAUUUUGCUUUAAGUUAAUGUGUAUGUGUUCCACGAGGGACGGUCAGGUGAAAUAUUUCAUAUUGUGGUAUGAAUACAUGUGAAGUAUUUAUGGAGGAAGAGAAAAGCUGGAUAGUUUGAGCUUUUUUUUCUGUGUUGCACUUUAUGAACAUGGUUAUGAUGUACAAAUCAAUCUGUCUCCAAUUAAAGUCAUUACACUAAAGUA